CACCCAGUAGCUCGACCACCUUUUCAAUGUUUGAGACCUCCUUCUGACGCGAAGGAGAACGGGCGUCCUUCUGGUGUAGACUGGAACUGUUCGCCCGCGGAGGCUGGAAGUUGAACCCUGGUUAACUGUCAGUUUUCAUGCAUGAAGAUAGUAUAAUUUGAUCAUCCCCUCCCAAUGCCCUGUGACAUCAUUUAUGCACCUACGUCCCAUGUCCAAACCACCCAAAACAGCAACAUCAUCUGGGAACCAAACAUUCAAGCACAUGAGCCUGUGGGGGUUGCAGGAAGGCGUGCGAGCAGAUCUAGCUGUCUCCAGUGAAUACAAAAUUUGAGGUGCAGAAGUCUCCCAUGGCUCCUUUUCGCAUCCGCCAGUACCAGGAGAGAGACCGCAAAAAGGUCCUGGAAUUGUUUUCCAAGGGCAUGGAGGAGCACAUCCCCGCCACCUUCUACCACGCACUCAUGCUGCCCAGAACCCUCCUGCUCCUACUUGGGGCACCCCUGGCUCUAGUCCUGCUGUCUGGUUCCUGGCUCCUGGCCAUUCUAUGCACCUUCUGUCUGCUCCUUUCCCUGUGGCUCCUUGCUAGAUACCCCUGGAGGAACUAUGUGGACACAUGUUUGCGCGCAGACAUGGCUGACAUCACCAAGUCCUACCUGAGUGGUCGUGGCUCCUGCUUCUGGGUGGCAGAGUCUGGGGGGCAAGUGGCAGGCAUUGUGGGUGCUCUGCCAGUCAAGGAUCCACCAUUAGGGAGGAAACAGCUGCAGCUCUUUCGCCUGUCUGUGUCCUUGCAUCAUCGAGGACUGGGGAUAGCCAAAGCCCUGGUCAGAACUGUCCUCCAGUUUGCACGGGACCAGGGCUACAGUGAAGUGGUUCUUGACACCACUAUUUUGCAAUAUGGAGCUGUUGGCCUCUAUCAGGGCAUGGGCUUCCAGAAAACAGGAGAGUCCUCUAAUAUCAUGAUGAGACUAUUGGCUAUUUCUAUAAUUCAUUUCAGCUAUCCCCUGUCUUCUCUUCAGGGAGAGAGGCUGUGAUCUGAUGUGUUUGUGAAUUUUUGAGCCACUAUUUCACCCUGUUGUUACAACCAGCAAAACUUCAUAUUUCAGUGGACAAAUCAUAAGAGCCAAUUUUUCAUGCACAUGAGACUUGAGUCUGGCUGAUGGUGAGUUCUGGGCACUGGAAUCCUGCUUCCUUCUGUCUUUGUGAAGUGCCUUUUUGAUUUAUCUAGUGCCAAAAUAAGGGCAGUGAAAACAUAAGAAAAAAAAAAGACACAUUUCUAUACAAGUCUCUGAGCAUCAUUUUCUGCUGGGUUGCUGGGACAUCUCUCAGCAUCCAAUAUCACCUGUGUAAAUGCCGUAAGUUUUCUGAAGUUCCAGGAGUGUAAGUCAGGCAGGGUUCAAGGUCCUUGUAAAGCAACUAAAACAGACACAGAAAAGAACGAAGGUUUGCCUAAGGCACUGAAGGUUUCCUAUGUGGAAAGUUCCAAGACUUGUGUGCAAUGAACCCUGCCCUGAUAGAGACCCUCAUAGUCAGAGAACAAAGAGCACUGUGUGCCCCGUGAGGACAGGCAGAGAAUGUUCAGUUUGCUGUGGAGCCCCCUUCAUGCGGCAGGAGGCAGCUGGUCUUUGAGGCAGCGGGAGCAGGCUUCAUGGCCUAACUUGGAUAUGGUGUUCCUUCAUGGAACAACAAAAUUGCAAAGACCCAGCAUGGAACAUUUUUAUGGGUCCAAGAGGAUAUGAGAUGGGGGAGUGUCCCAGCAAGGUAACCCUUUGGACUCAAGCUGGCCUUUGCUCUAAGACAUAGUAACUCCAGAAACUUAGAUCCCUCAUGCCACAUCAUGCCUGCUUGCAAAUCUCUAGUACAAAACUGAGAUGUGACAUCUGUCUAAACUGAUGUCCUGACUCAAAGCUGACUAACCCUGUGGCCAGUUGACCAACACAUACAAAGUAAUCAAUCCUUUGUGUAAUUCAUUAACCUAUCAAGAACCUCACACAUACAUUCAAACUAACUAGCCCAUCCACCCUGAUUUGACACUUAAUUUACAUCCCCAUUCUUGCUCACUCUCUAUCUACCUCUUUAUCUCUCUCAAAUAAAUAAAACAAUAUUUUUUUUAAAAAGGACACUGCUUAAUCUCUGACAUGGGUUAUAGUUAACUAUUGAUGGUCUGGACUUUCCUACUGGGUUCCCAUAAUACAGAGGUGAAGUCCUUUUCAGAAAGUAAGUAGGGGCACAUGGAUGGUGGUGGGGCUCCUUUUAGACCCUGACAUUGCGUCAUGCUCACAGCUGUCUCCUCUGAGGGCCAGGCGACCCUCUGCUGUCCUGCCAGCUGUGUGCACAGGACC